CCAUUUUUUUGUCAUUGGGCCGAAACUUACAAAGGUUUUCCGCUCGUUUUGUAUAUCCUCGGUCGAAUUAAUAUUAUUACAGAAUAUGUCUAUUGUUUCGUCGCACACUGGUGAUUAGAAUUGCAGCGAAAGAUUUACCGAAUUCCUAGUAGUUCAAGGAAAAGGAUGGCCAAUCAAAAGGACCAGGAUGUUGAUCUCAUCCGCAUAACGCAUUACAUUAAUCCGCACAACUUUUGGUUCAAGCAUGAAUCUGCCUAUCUGUUUAAUGAGGAGGACCAAAGCUUUCAGAUGGAAAUUAACGAUUUCUGCGAGACGACUUACGGCCGAGGGAACAUAAGCACUGGAGUCUACACUCCCAGGCAGAAAGGAGAGCUGGUGGCGGUGUUUUAUUUCCAACUAUCUCGAUGGGUAAGGGCUGAGGUAGAUGAAAUAAUAAAAGAACUGAACGGCCAGGUGCACUGCAACCUGUGGGCUAUUGAUGAAGGAGUUCCCGUUAAAACGAGCUGCCAAUACAUAAAACCACUUCCUGACAGAUUUGCGUCUACCAAAACCAGUGUGAAACAUGGGGGAUUAGAGCGAAUCUUGCCGGCGGAGUCGGGCUACAAUUAUUUGGAAGGUAAAACGGUCACUAAAAUGAUUCAAGACUGGAGUCCGGGAGUGGUUCGUGUUUUCGAAACAUGUAUUGAAGAAGCUGUGUCAAUCAGAUUUUGCGACAUUCGACAACAUCAGGUUACCGAAAUUGAUAUGUAUUUUGGUACAAUGAAAAUCACGUCCCACCAAAACGUGACCAACAAUGCGACAGAUCUUCUGAAGAAGGCUGGUGGAGAGAUGGUGAUGCUGGUGGAUCAAGCAGAAUUCUACGACAAAAUGCCUCUUCUACGAACUUUAGAUAUACGACGAUUUGAAGACAAUGAUCGUAAUGAAAGUAUGAAGUAUUAUACAAAUACGUUUAGGCCGGAGUAUCCCAGCCACUGCGUACCUCGCCAAACAGAGAAAUCGCGUUUUCGAAACAAUUAUAUAAUUGAACAAGCGCGUGAAAAGUUUCUCGAGUGGGACAAGCGAAAUACGGCAUCAUCGGUUGUAACGACAAACGCCGUGUCCGAUUAUCUACCGACAAAUACGCCAGUAUUACCUAAUGUGAGCGCAGUUUUGAUCUCGAAGAGUAAAGACCGAAAGUCAACAGAGCUUGAGUAUUCUAAGCUUGUCAACGAAUCGUUUUCAGACGAAGAAGAACCGCCAAAAGUUGAGUUUGAGGUUCCUGUUCAGAUUCGACAAGCAAAACCUGCUGAAGCACCCAAAACUAUUCCCGAUAUUCCACACGUUGUUCCAGCCUAUCAGCGCCCUCAAAAUAGAACAUAUGAUAAAAACGUUUCCGAUUUGCUGCCAGCGCUGAACAAAAUUAAACUUCGCCGUGCACCCGUUGGAAAACAAUCAGCUAUGGCAGAAAAUACCUUCAAUAGUACCAGAGCAACUGUCGGUGCACCUUCGGUACUCAACAUAGUCCCGGCGGGUUUCAAUCUAGGCAAUGUAGACUUUUCAACCGGAUCAGUCAUACUUGGUGCGGAUAGGACAAGCAACAUGGAUGACGGAAGGAGUAUGGCGAAUCACUUACACCGCGAAUCAAAACAGGCAGUGAACUUUCGGGCAAAACUACGGAAGCAUCGAAAGCCACAGCACAGUGCAAAUGAUCAGGAUUCCUCAUUUGAGGAAAUGAUGGUCCGAAAAAUGACAUUUACUGCAACCAAAGCAGAUAACGAAAUCGACGAGCAAUGGUAAAAUGAACCUCGGAUGGAACUUAUGUUGAUUUGUUUUGUUAAUCCUCGCGUUGAAUUUAUAUUAUUUAAUUUUAUAAUCAUUAACAAUGGAUCAAAAAAAUGAACUCCGAUACCAAAUUAAAUUUACUGGUUUGUAAAAAAAAAUGCAAAAGCUACCUAAUUUGCUUUCGCUUUCAAUGGAAAUCUAAAAUAUCAGGAAGUAUAUAAUACAA